AUGGCGGCCGCGGCGGGGACUGGCCGACGCUCCGGAAAGGCGACCGACGCGGCGGCCGGAGGUUCCCGCUUCGCUCCGGGACUCGGAACCGCGGCCGCGCUCGACGCCGCGCGCUCGUCGGCGGAAGACGGCCGCUCCCGCUCGUCCCGGGGGCGCCGGAGCGGGGAGGCCGCCGAGCGGAGAGGCGGCGGCGGCGGCGGCGGGGCGGCUGGCUGGAGGGACGCGGCGGAGGAGGAGGACCACCCCCGCGCUCGUCGCCCAGACGUGUUCGUGUGUCCAAGCGCGGUCCACAAGUCGACGGAAGGCCCAUCAGCAAGUCCCAACGUGAAGCACAAGCUGUCGGCGUGCGACGAGCGAGAGGACGCGAGGAGGAGGAGCCUCUGCAAAGACGAGAGCGGCUCGCUCCAACGCGGGGACGACUGCGGCGUCCUGUCCGACUCGGAGAACGAGGAGCCCGUGUCCCGGCGCAUCAGGAGGGUCUCGGCGUUCGUGAGGAGAAGCCGGACGUCGUCGGGCGUCAGCAGCGGCGCGCAGAGGAGUCGCAGCUGCACGGAGGCCGCCGACAACAGGGGACGGAAAACCAAGGGCGGCUCCGCACCCGCCGCCACGCCGGACACGGCGGGGGCGGCUCACAGCUUCGCGGCCGGAAUCCUCCUGUCGUCCGAGAACAGUCGCUCCGCCUCGGCGCCGGUCGGCGCCCCCGAGAGGCGGCCGGCUCGGCGCGCCGGGGCGCCGCCGCCGUCCGCGCCGUCGACCGCGCCGCCCGAGCGCUCGGUCAGCCCGGAGAGCAACGACAGCAUCUCGGAGGAGCUCAACCAUUUUAAGCCCAUCGUGUGCUCGCCCUGCACGCCGCCCAAACGCCUGGCGGACGGCCGCCUGCUGGAGCCGGCCGUGGUCAAGUCCACGCCCCGGAACCUCACGUGGCGCCUGCACAAGCCCACCAGUUACGAGGCCAGCCCCGCCGUGCUGCAACGCUGGCGGCAGAUCGAGCUGGACCGACAGAGCUGCAAGGUGGACACCAAGGGGACGCUGACCAGCCCCGUCAAGGAGAUACAGGAGGGAGGCGGCGCCGGCGGCGGGGUGACGCCCUCCAACAAGAGGAAGCUCCUCUUUGACGCCCCCGGCGCGGACGCCCAGUCGCUCAAGAUCCGCGUCCCCGCCGUCCGCUACGGCGGCGACUUGACCUUUCGUGGGAAUCCCGACUUCGAGUUGGGGGACGGCGUCGGGGCCUUGUUCGGACGCAGACAUUCCUUCUCCCCGUACGCCCACAAGUCCGGCUUCCAAUCGUGCAAGCUGGCGCCAAAGGACUCGUUGAGCCCCCGCGAGGAAGCCGGCGCCUCCAAGCGGAGCAAGAAGACCAAACACCAGGACUCCGCCGCCGCAGACCCCCAAGUCCGCGACGCCGUCCGCCGGGAGAGGAGGGACCGGGCGCUCGCCCUCAAGCUGCAGAGACAGUUUGACCGCGAGAGCGCCCCCCGUCCCGCCAAGUACUUCCUGCGCUCCUGGAUGGCCAAUCACAGCCGGAGGAGACGUGGCCUGCGACGCUCGCGCCGUAUCAACAAGCAACGCUAGCUGACGCCGUGACGUCGUCGGAUGCCAGCAAAACCCGAGAAAAUCUGCCUCUUCAUCACCAAGCGGGACAAUGUUGACAAAAUGGCGGACACGUCAGGAACAACGCAACGCAAUCGGGGGCGGGGCACUACGGGCCGCACUGGUCCAAUGAUGACACAACUGCAAGACAAUAGCGCAGUAUUUCAGUCCCACACAAACACCGUGCUUUUGUAUUUCCUCGUUCAUUUUCAUAUGAAUAACUUUCAUGAUUCUCGCUAUAAAUACUGUAAAUUUACUGUAUAAUUUAAAUGUGUUUGGGGGGUUGCUCCAAUGAGACCAUCUCCUCCACUGAAGGGCUUUUGUUCUCCACACAUGCCAGCUUUAAUGUACUUUCUACUACAAAGAUAUUAUGUUUGUGAUUCUCAUGAUAAUGCACAUGUUUUUUUAAAGUAGCUGUUUGGCUUCAUGUAGCAGAGUGUUUUGGUGCCAAAUGAAACUGUGACAUUUUGGAUGAGCGCCCACGUGAAUGAUUAAAAAACAAAAAGAAACGGAA